AUGCCACGCGGAGAAGCAAACCACAUUAAGGUGCACUACCGUGGCCACGGAGACGAAGACUUCCUUGUGUUCGUUGACAACGUCGAGGAUUAUCACAAAUGGCUCCAUGACCGUUCGGUUCCCUUGUCGCAUGUGGUCUCGUCCUUCAAGGUGUUUACGACACAUAAGCACAGCGCCCAGGGACUGCUCGAGGGUGCUUCGAAAGCGAUGCUCGAGAACGAGUUUGGAACCGCCAGAGAGGAUGAUGCAGUCCAGAAGAUCCUGGAGAGGGGCACCAUUCAAGAGUUUGGGAUGGCAGAGCGCCAGGGGCGCAAAAACGACUCGAAUGGCCCUUAUAUCUCUCGUUAG